AUGGACAAGUUCAUCAAUUCAUUAUCUGAUUCUCUAUUCCCGCCCUGGACAUUUCGGAAUUCUUUUGGCCUCUCAAGUCUCUCAGCAGAUUUAGAUGAAGUGGAUAUGCAUGGAACAUUAGAAUGCUACAUAUUUCAUGUGGUUGCUGGAAUUGCGUUUGCAUUGGCAACGAUUUGGUUUGCACUACUGGCCAAAGGUCUUGUGGGUGAGAUGAACAAUGGCCAACACCACAGUUCAGAACUCAAAACCAUUUACACUGGCAUCUUUGUGUUGUUAAUUAUUAUUGCAACACUUUGUGGCUUUGCCGUUGUUGGCUUGAGCAUUAGUUUUAUCUUUAUUCUCACUAUCUCACUCAAGAACAGGGGUGAUGGAGGGAGUAGUGAUGAAGACAAUGAGUUUACUGCUGAGGAAGAUGAUGAUACUUUUUGUGAAGAAGAUAACAUGUCAUUAGAUAAUAUGGAUGCCUUAAUAUUGACUGAUGAUGAAGAUGCAGGCUCUUUAUCAUCGAAUCGCAAAACUGAUUCAUUAAAAUCUAUAGAUGAAUCUGAUUUGGAUUUGGAAGAGGGUGUUGUGACAAGUGGGUGUAAAAAGUAUAAUCCAGAUGAGAUGUGCAAAGACUAUAUCUUUGAACUUGGAAUGGAGUUCACCUCAAUUACUCAAUUUAGGGAAGCUGUUCGGGAGUAUUCACUUUUGAAUGGGUAUGAAACAAUAUACAUUAAAAAUGAUAGUGUAAGGUGCCGUAUAAAGUGUGUACGUUGUGAUUGGUUAAUAUUUGUGAGUAAGGAGAGGGAUUCCAUGACAUAUCGUUUGAAGACUUAUAAUCCAAGACACACUUGUGGUGUGACUUUUAGUUCUAAGAAUGUUUCAUCUAAAUGGGUGUCAGAAAAGAUUAAAAAUAGAAUAAAGACAAAUAAGAAUAUGAGUCUUGGAGAUGUGAUAUCCACAAUUAAAGAAGAUUAUAUGGCAGUCGUGUCAAUGCCUAAGGCUUAUUGGGCACAAAGAAAGGCAAAACAAGCUAUUGAAGGUGAUUUUGUAGAUGAGUAUAAGAGACUAUGGGAUUACAACAAUGAGGUCCUCUCAAAAAGUCCUGAAACUACAUUCAAAAUUUUGACAGAUCGUCCCUUUAUUGAUAGAGCACCAAGAUUCAAAAGAUUAUAUCUUUGUUUGGAUGCUGUCAAGAUAGGAUUUUUAGCAGCAUGUAGACCAAUCAUUGGCUUAGAUGGAUGCUUUUUAAAGGGACCUUAUGGUGGAAUAUUGCUGGUAGCAGUAGGACGUGAUCCAAAUGAGCAGUAUUUUCCUUUAGCAAUAGCUAUUGUUGAAGGUGAAAAUCGAGAUUCAUGGUCAUGGUUUCUUGAGCAUAUUCUAAAUGACAUAGGAAGAACACAAAGAUGGGUCUUUAUUUUUGACCAACAGAAGGGAUUAAUGCCAACAUUUGAGUCACUUCUUCCUGAAGUUGAGCAUCGCUUAUGUGUUAGGCAUUUAUAUGCCAACAUUAAGAGUAGAUAUUAG